AUGUCAGGGUUCACGCUACGGUUUGUUGGUAGAAGUCAAAUCAAGCACAAUACAAGUGGAAUACAAGUGAUAAAUAAACGGUCUGUGGUAUUCGCGAAGGGACCAAGAGUCAAAGGAGCUUUGCGGGAUCCUGAAGAUAUCUUGACCGUUAAUGGAAUUAGAUAUGGAUCCAGCGAGGAUAACCUGAAACCAUUGAAGACGUUCUUGCAAACAAAACUGAAAGGUAAGUACGAGCUGCCAGAUAAGCUUCUCUUACAAAUAAUCACACAUAAAUCGUUCGCACAUGGAACACAACCAUAUAACGCAAGAUUGUCUUAUUUUGGAAAAGAAUUGAUCCAGCUUAGUGCUGCCAAAUACGCUCUAUCGCAACCAACAGACAAUGAGUUUGCUAUAAACAACCUGAAUUUCGAUUCACUGGGGUCUUUCACGCAAAGUUUUAUGAAGUCCGAAAAGUUACUCAAAGAAUAUGCUGUCCUGAACAAUCUGGACACAGUCUUCUUCAGACGGUUGGCUCUCCCAUCAGGAAGAGAAGAUGCCGACUAUAAGCCAAGAUCAAUCUGGUCCACCUUGACUGCGUCAUUGGUUGGAGCCAUAGCCACUCAACACGGCAAAAAGGCUGCUGAAGAAUUCAUACAACAGGAGAUAUUUGCGGGAACUUUGGAUCAAGUCAUCAAAUCAAAGUCAACCCCAUCCAAAUCCGACUAA